UCGCGCUCCCGGGCCCGCAUAUAAGCGGCCGGGCCUCGGGCAAAGGGAAUCUGGUCCUGACCCGAUUUGGAAAGGAGCAAAGAUGCUGACCGACGCCGAGAAGAAGGAAGUGACCGCCCUGUGGGGCAAGGCCGCCGGUCACGGCGAGGAGUACGGCGCGGAGGCCCUGGAGAGGCUGUUCCAGGCUUUCCCCACCACCAAGACCUACUUCUCCCACUUCGACCUGAGCCACGGCUCCGCUCAGAUCAAGGCUCAUGGCAAGAAGGUGGCCGACGCUCUGUCCACGGCCGCGGGGCACUUCGAUGACAUGGACAGCGCCCUGUCCGCUCUGAGCGACCUGCACGCCCACAAGCUGAGAGUGGACCCGGUCAACUUCAAACUGCUGGCUCACUGCAUCCUGGUUGUCCUGGCCAGGCAUUGCCCGGGCGAGUUCACCCCCUCCGCCCACGCCGCCAUGGACAAGUUCCUGAGCAAAGUGGCCACCGUGCUGACCUCCAAGUACCGCUAAGCCGGUGCCCUGAGGCCGAGGGUCCCCGCUGCCGCCUCCACCCGGCCGAACCCCUCCCCAACUCCAUCAUGCCCAGGCUGACCCUCGUCUUGCAAUAAAGCUCUAUCAGCGGCA